AAAGAGAAUGUGAGUACUGUGGACGGUGUUGUGUGAACCAAUUCGCAGAAAAACAAGAAACUUCACUGCGAUGAGUGUUCAGCUUUCUGGCUUAUGGAUUCCCAAUUCUCCAUCAAUACAUGGAAACUUUGUUCCCAGCAGUGGCAGAUUCUCUCCAUCUGCUCUCGCUGCCACACCAACGUUCUCAUCCUUAUCUCCCACCAUUCAGAUAGUUGGUGUGAAAGGCACUGGUUGGAGUGAAAAUGGACAUGCUAAUCCCAACAGCAACAUAUUUGAUGGCUGCCAAGGAGAGACUGAUCAUUGGACUGAUCUUGACAAUGAUCUUCAUCACUGGACAAAGCCAUUACGCCCUGUGCAGUGGUUUCCUGGUCAUAUUGCAAAAGCAGAAAAAGAACUGAAGGAGCAGCUCAAGUUGAUGGAUGUUGUGAUAGAGGUGCGGGAUGGAAGAAUUCCUAUGUCCACAAGUCAUCCACAGAUGGAUCAAUGGCUUGGUAAUAGAAAGAGAAUUCUGGUUUUAAAUAGAGAAGACAUGAUAUCAACUGCAGACCGAAAUGCUUGGGCUGCUUAUUUUGCUAGCCAUGGCACAAAGGUUGUCUUCUCCAAUGGGCAGCUUGGAAUGGGCUCAAUGAAGCUAGGUCGGUUAGCGAAGGAAUUAGCAGCUGAUGUAAAUGUUAAACGUAGAGCCAAAGGACUACUUCCUCGUCCGGUUCGAGCUGGAAUAGUUGGAUACCCUAAUGUUGGAAAAUCAUCUUUGAUUAACCGUCUCUUAAAGCGCAGAAUGUGCCCAGCAGCUCCCAGGCCAGGAGUCACAAGACAAUUGAAGUGGGUUCGUUUUGGGAAAGAUCUUGAACUGCUGGAUUCUCCUGGAAUACUCCCAAUGCGAAUCAGUGAUCAGUCAGCUGCUAUAAAACUCGCCAUAUGUGAUGACAUCGGAGAGAGGUCCUAUGAUGUGACUGAUGUUGCUGCUAUUCUUGUGCGGAUGCUUACAAAGCUUCCUGCGGUAGGCAGAGAUGCUCUUUGUAAACGAUACCGGAUUGAUGUAGAUGGUCAAUGUGGUAAAACAUUCAUAGAUAAGCUUGCACUCCAAGUAUUUAAUGGAGAUGUUCAUCAAGCAGCGUUCCGUGUGCUGGCGGAUUUUAGAAAAGGUAAAUUUGGUUGGACUGCACUGGAGAGGCCUCCAAGGUGAAUAGGUGAUGUCAGAUGUUUUUUUUUUUUUGUCAUAAGCCGAACUCUUAGAUAAUGCUGGAGACCUCCACACUGUAGAAAUCAAUCCUGCAUGGCAAUGAAUGAAUAUGGAUAUUGUGAUUAUGAAUGAAAUAGUGGAAGAGAAAGGUCGUGAAUGUUCUGAUAAGUCAAAACCGUUGGAGAUUUUCAAUACACGAAACAAAGGAUUUGAAAGAAUGGAAACUUCCCGUUAUUACCAUGUAAAUGGUCUGAUGUAACGCUUGUCUGUAUACUACUAGUUUGCCAUGGGAAUUUUUAUGCAUCGUGCAUAUGUUAUUGUAUAUCUUUAAUUGUUAUAGAGGAUCAAAUACAGGAAUUUACAUAUACUACCUGAUCUUGCCUCAUGCUAUGAGGGUGGUGUCUGCUUCGGUCUUUGAUAUGCUAGUUAGUGAUUUAAA